AUGGCAGUCAUAGUGGUCAUGAAGAUUAUGGCAGUCAGGACAGCCAGAGUGGUCAGAGCAAUCAGAGCAAAUGAAAGUAUAUCAAAUAAUCCUAGCAUUAUGAAAAUAGAAUCAGUAACAACUAAUAAUAAUUUUAUAAAUUAUAAGCUAUCUUAA